AUGAAAUUCUUUUGUAUUCCUUCUUCACUUUUUGCAUGUAAAAAUGGCGUUGUGGAACAAUCAGAUUUUAGCCAACUUAAAUUGGAAAGUGUGCCUAAAGAAAUUAUAAAAAGCAGAAAAUAUAUUGAGGAAUUAUUGCUUAAUGUUAAUUCUAUUGAGGAGCUUCCACCGGAUUUAUUUCGUUGCACAAAAAUCCGCAAACUUGAUGUUAGCGAAAAUAAAAUUAAAGUAAUACCUACAGAAAUUGGAAUGUUAUUUUCUUUGGAGGAAUUAAAUUUAAGUAAAAAUGAAAUUGUUGAAAUUCCAGAAGAAAUUGGUUCCUGUCAAAAUCUUGUUUGUUUGGAUAUUAGUACAAAUAUUUUAACUGGUUUUCCAAAAUCAUUUGUGGAUUUAACCAAUUUAGCAAGUCUUAAUUUAUCAAAUAAUUCACUUACACAUUUGCCGGCGGAUAUUGAUCAUCUUGUUAAUUUACAGUUUUUGGAUAUUGCCCAAUGUGAAUUGCGUGCUUUGCCCCCCUCAAUUGUUCGUCUACGUCUUUUAAAAGUUUUGGAUCUUUGUGACAAUUAUUUGACAGAUCUUCCCUCAGAAAUGGGAGGUUUAGUUAGUUUGGAAAUGUUGGAUCUUCAUUGCAAUAUGGUCAGUCAUUUACCUGAAAGUCUUUUAAAUUGUGGAGCUUUGCGGUCUCUUGAUAUGAGUGGAAAUCAAUUAAACGAAUUACCGGCAAAUAUUGGGGAUUUGAAAAAUUUGAUGGAAUUGACUAUUUGUGAAAAUCAAAUUAGACAAUUGCCGAGCUCUAUUGGUCAAUUAAAACGUCUCGAAUCACUCAAAUGCGCAAAAAAUUGUUUGUCAGAAUUAACUCCCUCAAUUUGCUCGUGUGUUCAAUUAACAGAUUUAAUUCUUUGCGAAAAUCGACUAAACGAAUUACCAGCAAGUAUUGGAAAUCUUUCUAAACUCCGUUUUUUGGAUGUUAAUGUAAACAAUUUACGUUCUAUUCCUUCAACAAUUGGUGGGUGCUCAUCUUUAACAAUUCUUUCACUUCGUCAUAAUCAAAUAAAUGAUUUGCCUUUUGAAAUUGGAAGAUUAAAUGUGCUCACUUGUUAUUUACUUCCUCAACAAGAACAACCACAAAAACAAUCUUCACAACUCAAAACCUCUUCUUGCGUUGGAGGUGCUCGUGUAUGUUUUGCUGGUGAUCGGGCAGAAGAAUUUGAAGAAGAUAAAGUUCCGAUUGGGAAAUUUGAACGUUAUGAUACUCCACACCCAAAACCUUUUGCUCCAAAAAAUAGAAAUCGAAAUUCUACUGAACUUUCUGCAGGUGUCACUCUUCCUUUAAGUUCGUCUAGAAGUGAUAAAUCUGAGGCCCAGAACAUUUCUGGAAAUAAAUCCAAUGAUCAGUCUGUUAUCGAGGAAAGUCGUCCACUUCGUUCUGUUCUCAAAAGACGACCCCAAUCUGUUCUUUCAUUAAUUUCUACUUCUGAAUUAUUACCUGCAUUAUUGGGAGCAAAUAAUAAUUCAACAGAAAAUGGAGAAACACCAGGAAUGAAAAUGAAAAAAUCUGUUCGGAAAAAUAUUCAAUUGAAGAGAGGAGAUGCAGGAUUUCAAUGGACAAUUGUUGGGGGAUCUGAUUCUCUUCCUUACAAUGGUAAAAACGGUCUUUUCAUUUCUCAAAUUGUUCCUGGUGGUGUAGCUGAAAAGGCUGGAUUCCGAGUUGAUGACCAAAUACUUGCUGUGAAUGGCGAUGACAUUCGAGGACUUAGUCAUUCUGAUGUUGUGAAAUUUAUUAAAAAUGCUGGAAAUGUUUUAGAAUUUUUGGUGGAAAGAGAUCAAUUUAUUGAUGAUCAAAUGCAACGUUCAACUUCUUGUCUUGCAACCCAACAAAUUUUUUCUGCCAAUUCAAAACCUAAUGAGCGUCACUCUUUUCGUAUUAUUCGUGAUGGGAAUGGUUGUGUUCCUUUCACUGUUUCUGGCAAUGGAAGAUGGCCACAAGAUCCUUUCUCUAUUUCGGCAAUAAAAACAAGUUUUGAAUGUCCACUUUUGCCGGGUGAUAGAAUUAUUUCAAUUGAUGGAACAAAUGUCAAAUUUGGUGCUAGAUUAGAUCAGGUUCGAACUCUUUUGACUGGAUUGCCAGGAACAAAUGUAACAGUCGGCAUUGAGAGAGGCAAUUAUUUACCUGACAAUGUCCAAAAUGAUAAUUUACAAGUUACUCCAUUAACUUGCAGUACAGCUUUUAGUGAAUUGAGUCUUUCACGUUCUUUGCCAUCUUUGUGUGUUGUUACUAAUGAUUUGGCUAAUCAACAACAACAACAAAAGAAACCAAUAAUUAAUGGUGUUUCAUCUGUCCCUCCCCAAAAUAAAAAUAUUUCUCAACUUCAACAACAACAUCAUUUCAAUCGCCAUUCAAGUCUUCGAUCCAACCCAACAACUGCAUUUUCUGCAACUAGACCGCCUCUUCCACUUCCUCGACAUCAUCGUUCAUUAAGCAAUUUAGCAGAAAUUGAACAAGGGAAUAAAAUUACUCCCGAAAUGUUACGUUCUUCAACACCGAUAGAAUAUCCACCUGGGGAAGAACCAAAAAUAUUUUGUCAAAAUAAUUCUGUUAACAAUAACGAGGAUAAACAACAAACGUUAUCCAACCAAAUAAAAUCAAAUAAUGUUGUCAAUUUACAACAACCAAAGCCAACUAAUUUUUCAAGUAUUUUGCCUCCUUCACCAGCAAAAAUUUUAUCUUCCCCUACCAAUAAUCGAAAUACUUCUUUUUCUCCAACACAAAAAGCAACGAAUUAUAUAAAUAAUAAUGGAUUUUCUUCAAAACCUUCAAAAAUAGAGAAACCUUUGGCUACUUCAACGCCUAUUCCACCACAAGAAGUUGUUUCAAAUUUAUCACAAAUAAAAUCUUCACACAUCCCAAAACCAAUGACAAAUAGCAGUCCUCCAGUAAUUGAUGUUGGAAAUAGUAAAAUUCCUCCCCCAAUUGCGCCAAAACCUAAGGUAACACAUGAUCCAUCAAUAAAUUCAACAAAAACAACAAAUAUUGCUUCAAUUGAACAGAAUAAUUCAAAGCAGUCGUCCGUGCCGUCAUUCAGUUCCAAACUGAAGCUAUUCGAGCAUUUGCAGACGACCAAUAAUUCUGUUUCGACAAAUGUUGGAAAUGUUACAACAAUUCCACAACGUCCUUCAGGAAUUCCGUUAAAGAAGCCUUUAGUUAAUCCUCAAGAAAUGGAAAGACUUCGAGAAACAUCUUUUGGGUCUCUAAAUAAUAAAAAAGUUUUGGGAAAUGAUUUUUCUUUACAAGAAGAGGAUGAAGAGGAAGAACAUUUAAAUUCUGUUGAACAGCUAGACUCGUUACUUAAUGAUAGGUAAAUUGAGAGGGGGGAGAGGGAAGGGGGAUUUCUUUUCUUUAAUUAGGGUAGCACCCAGAGCCUUCGGGGGCGGGAUUGUUGGGGUUUUUGCCAAGAAAUAGCCGGGGUUUUGCCCGCACGGGGAUGGGGAUCGGGGUAGAGUCUUCGGUGUUCGGGUCGGGGUUUUUUUAUUAAAAAUUCGUCGGGGUUUUGGGUGACGGGAUGCUAC